AUGCUCGCUAAGGAUAAAUUAUGGAUAGCAGGUAUUUCGGGUGGUCCUGAUAGCAUGUUUUUAUUAGACAAGUUGCGACAAGAAAAUUAUAAAAUUAUUGUCGCUCAUGUUAACUAUAAAAGAAGGGUCGAUAGUGAUUUUGACGAAGAAUUGGUUAAACAAUACUGCCAAAAAUUUUCUUUACCGUUAGAAGUUUAUCAGGUACCAAAUUCGGAAUAUAACUACGUCAGUAAUUUUCAGGAUAAAGCCCGCCGAAUUCGCUAUAACUAUUUCCAAAAAAUAGCCGAUAAGUAUCAAACCAAAUAUAUUGUAGUGGCACAUCACCUAGACGACCAUUUAGAAACUUAUUUACUACAAGCCCAAAGAAAAUCGUUACUUGAAUACUGGGGAUUACCUACAAGUAUUCCCAACAUUAGUUUUCGGGAAGUAGGCGGUUUACAAGAAGCCAAGGAGGAAUUGGGGGAAGUGGUAUCUUACUUUCGUAAUCCGCAAGUCUUUUGGCAACGGGGUGCUAAAGUCCCCAAAGGGGUAUUAUUAGUCGGUCCGCCAGGGAACGGCAAAACUUUAUUAGCCAAAGCGUUGGCAGGCGAGUGUAAAUUACCUUUUCUGUUCCGUUCCGGUUCGGAAUUUGAAGAAAUGGUGGUCGGUUUAGGGGCACGACGAGUGCGAGAACUUUUCCGCAAAGCCCGUAGUUAUCCCCAAGGCUGUAUCAUUUUCAUUGAUGAAAUUGACUCCAUUGGCAAAAAACGUCAUUCCCACCAGAGCAAUGAUUUAACUUUGAACCAACUGUUAAAUGAAUUAGAUGGUUUUCGACCCCGCGAUAAUAUUAUUAUCCUGGCCGCCACUAACUCGCUCAAUGUGCUUGAUAGUGCUCUAUUACGCCCUGGAAGGUUUGACCGUCAUAUUUACAUUCCGCCCCCUAAUUUGAAAGGUCGCCGCGAAAUUAUUGGCUUAUGUGCUAGUAAACUCUCCCUCUCUCCUAGUCUUGACUUGGAGGAAAUUGCUUCGAUGACCAGGGGAUUUAGUGGUGCCCAAAUAACUAAUAUGUUUAAUGAAGCGUCCAUUUUAAGUAUCCGCUAUAAUAAAAAAACCAUCGACCAAGAAAUAUUUUUUGAGGCUUUUGACCGCGUACUAAUGGGUCCUUCUUUGGUUAGUCAAACUCUAACCCCGGCCAAAAGAAAGAUAAUUGCCUAUCACGAGGCUGGUCAUGCCGUUAUCGGAAUGAGUUUGCCGGAAACUACGGUGAAAAAAAUUACUAUUAUUCCCCGAUGGUCGGCAGGCGGCGGUCGGGCCAGUGAAGAAUUAGUUUUUGGACUGGAUUAUAUCACUAUGGGGGCUUAUAGUGAUUUCAAACAAGCCUCCACGAUUAUUCGGGAUUUAAUUUUAAUUUAUGGGAUGUCAGAUUUAGGAAUUAUUCCGACUCAGGAGUCUUUUUUUUCGGGUGAGGAAGUCCCUUCCGAACUACCCGAGACUACUAAGCAAAAAAUUGAGAAUGAGCGAGAAAAGAUUCUGGAAAACUGUUGA